AUGUCUCAAAAUCUACAAAACGCCAUAGUCGAAUCAUCGCAUCAACUGUACUCGUCGCUCCCAGCCCAUGGUAAACCCUUGAUCCGGAGCAAUGGAGUACCCGAAUGGACAAUACUAUCAACCUUCUCUCUCGUGGUGCCUCAACCUCAAAUUGGGCCUCAAACAAGAGUGAUACCCAUAUCUUUAGGAACAGGAGUGAAAUGUCUGCCUUAUUCCAAACUUUCAGAAUAUGGUGAUACCCUACAUGAUUCGCAUGCGGAAAUCAUAGCUCGAAGAGGGUUCCUACGAUGGCUGUUAUGGCAAGCACAUCUCCAAGCUCAAGUCACGAGGGGAGAGCGGGUGGAAGAAGAACUGUUCGUAGAGAUAAGAGAGGAAGAGGGGGAUAGGGGUAGAUUAAGGUUGAAAGAUGGAGUGCAAAUGUGGUUGUAUAUAUCGGUGUUACCUUGCGGAGACGCAUCAACAUAUUAUACUUCGAUACAUCAACCAGCUGAGGAAGCUUCUCAAUGGACUGUGACCGAUGGUGAUCACUCUCGUCCGUCCAACAUGGGCGUAAUACGAGGUAGGAAUGGGUAUACAGCAAUAUCGACACUACGUACCAAACCUGGAAGACCAGAUUCUAUACCAUCUAUCUCUAUGUCAUGUAGCGAUAAGAUCGCUUCAUGGUCUGUAUUGGGCAUACAAGGUGGAUUAUUGGCGAACCUCUUUCAACCGAUUUACCUCGAUGGAAUUAUCGUAGGAGGACUUGAACGUCCCGCCAAUAGAAUAGAAAAAUCACCAAAUGCGUGGGAAGAUCAGAUCAAGCAGGAGCUGAAAAGGUCACUUUGGGGUAGAUUAGAAUCGAUAAACGCUUUGUCAACUUUACCAUAUACACUACAACGACCUUCUAUAUACCUCACAUCGAUACCCUUCGAACAUUCCAAGAUGACAAUGAUUCAUAAGCAACAAAACGACUCAUCGGAUCUCGGACCUUCACCCAGUCCAUUAUCCCUAUCUCAUCUACCCUUUCUACCCUCAACCCACCCGAAGAAAGGAACCAAACCUGAGAUCAUAGCCGAAGGCGGUAUUCUAGGAUUUCCGUGGAAGAAGGGUGUGUUGAUCAAAGAGAAAGGGAGAUCUAGGAUCUGUAAAUUGAGUUUACUCAUAGAGUGCGAAAAGCUGUUAUUGAACGAGAAAGCGAAAACUUUGGGUAUCACGUUUGACGUGAACGAUGGGACUUAUUACAAAUAUAAACACCUAACAGUCUUCGGACGAGAAUAUCAACAUAACAAGAUGAUCUUACGCGGGAUACCUGGUCACCGUCAGUCUGUAAGAGGGUUAGAAAAUUUUGAAGCGAUCUCGUCUACUGGUGUACCUGGUUCACCGAAGAUCAAAGAAGAACCACCUUUCAGAGGAUGGCUAGUUUCUGGAAAACAAUUUGAAUCUUUCACCUCGAGUGGUCAAAUUCAUAGAUAG